AUGCCGCGCGCCCCCGAGCGCCGCUCGGCACUGCCCGCGCGCGUGCACGCCGCUCCCGGCUUUCCCCCUGGCACCCUGCUCGCCUGCCCCGCAUGUCGUGCUCCCCUCCAUGCGCCACACACGCGGCACGCGCACGCGCGCGCUCCUUCCCACGCGUGGACCACGCGGCCGAGCCACCCGUCGCGCCGCUCGCUGCACCGCCCGACGCUGACGGCCGCCCUGCCCGCCUGCCCACGCGCCGCGUGCGCGCAGCACGCGUUCCACGCACCCGACACUCGCCGCGCCGGCCGUCGCUUCGCUUGGCCGCACAGCGCCGCCGUCUCGCCGCCCGAGCCGCACAGGCCGCGCGCAGCGACGCCGCCGGCCGCACAGCGCCCCGCCUCGCCGCUCGAGCCACGCUGCGCGACGCCGAGCUGA